CAGCAACAAUCAUUAUCGUUCCAAAUGAAACGCAAAAAGGUCCAAGUGUUAUUUUCUCCAACGUUUUCGGCAUUUAUAUCGACGUAAAGAUGGCUCUAUAGAUUGCGCGCAAGCAAAACCAAGCUGCACCUAGGUGCCCUAAACACAACAAAAUGGAAACGUAUAAAAAACAAUCUGCCAUCAUGGCAUCCUCACAACAACAAGAAACACCGCAACAACAACCAUUCACAUUCUUCGGACCGGACUUCAAUUUAUCAACAAAACACAUAUCUCUGACUUCUGAUUUUGAUUCUGAAUAUGGACGCAUCAUUUCAAGAAACAAUGGAGAGUUUACAAUUGCCCAAGGAGCUGUACUGGGACCUCAAGGUAGAGCCCCAGUCCCCAACAUCGGCGUUGGGCUCCGAUCUGCUCUCAUUCACUGACUCAGUAGACGCCGAGUGGCUGUGUGACGAUAACUUUGCAAAUGGCAUUAGUCUUAUUGGCGAUGAAGACGCUCUGAUCCUGAACGAGGCCGGCUCCCUCGAGCUGCUCAGCGACGAGGAGUUGGUUGUAGAGAUCUUCGACCUGAAGGAUGAAGAAUGUCUUCUGGACCAAAAGGCAGCCAUUAACUGCAUCGACUAUGAGAGGAACAGCUAUCAGCCCAUAAUCGAUGCUGUCAGCCAGCCGAUAAUACCCGUAAACAAAGUACCAUUCGCUGCAUCUUCCGUCGCUGCUUCACUGGUUUCUUCCGCCGAUUACCAGCUCGGCGAUCCCCCAUCCCUUGUUCUGCAGCAAUUGACGCCGCCGCAGUCCCCGCCCCAAUUCGAUGCUUACAAACAGCCAGAGGAAUCGCCACAGCCCGUGCCUGUUAAGGCCGAGCAGAAGGUGCAAUGCUAUACUCCUGAUGCUACAAGUGCGGCAGCCGCCACGCCCUUCAACUUCAACAACUGGGUGGGCGGCAGCGAAAUCGCCCGCGAGAACCAACUGGUCGAUGAUAUCGUCAAUAUGCGUGCCAAGGAGCUUGAGUUGACCACAAACUGGCCGCAGUUCAAUGACGACUGCGAAUCUCAGGCCUCUUCCUCGCUGGAUAGCAGGAGCACAGGCAGCGGAGUGAAUGGAAGCAUCGCCGACGUGGACGAGGACUGGCUGCCAGAAACCACCAGCAGUUGCUCCUCCCCAGCUCACACUUCUGUGGAGCAGUCUGCGGCCAAGCCAAAGAAACGUACUCGCACCUACGGUCGCGGUGUCGAGGAUCGUAAGAUCCGGAAAAAGGAGCAGAACAAGAACGCUGCCACACGGUACCGCCAGAAGAAGAAGCUCGAAAUGGAGAACGUGCUGGGCGAGGAGCAUGUACUGUCCCAGGAGAACGAGGAGCUUCGCCGCACUCUGCAGGAGCGUCGCAACGAGAUGCGCUAUCUGCGUCAGUUGAUUCGCGAAUUCUACCAAGAACGCAAGCGCUAGGCGUUAUCCUUUGAUUCAUCCAAAUUUUAAAUGUCGUUUGCAAAGUUAUCGUUAUCGUUAGACCCAACACUCUCCCACAUUCUUUUAACAACUGCAUAAUGUUUCAACGUAACCCCCAUAACAACAACAAUCACCAGAUUACCCAAAGUUUUGGAAAACAACCAUGCACGCAGUCUGUCUUGGCCCUCAUUUUUUGGCACUUAUGACGAGUCUCCGAAUUCGGAAAUAUCCUAUGCCAAUGGUGGCCAAUGGCAAGUCUAAACCCCAAGCGACACAGGUCAAUUUGCAUUCUCGAAAACCUUUUUGAGUUGUUUUUUGUGCAAAUAGGCCUGUGACGCGACUGCUGUACUAGUUUGAAAACCAUUUUAUUUUUUGACAAAUGUAGUAGAUUUACUUUAUUGAUUUUUCAACAGUAUGUAAUACAGAAUAUUAUUCAACAUGUAUCAGCAAUAAAUCAAAAGGGUUUUUAAAAGAAAAAUUA